AUGUGUUGGGUAGCCGACGGUACCUUCUUUGGAGGAGCACCUGAGGUGUCCAGCAAUAAGAAUCAGAAGAAGUCUGUCUUGCUCGCCGUGGGCGCAGCUCUUCUUGUCGUGGGGGUUGUGGUCAUCGCUUCUUCUCGCAGAGUUUCUCUUUCUCAGGUCGACAAGGACGAUGGCACUGAUGCGCUGAUCAACGCUGUGCUCGUUGCUCGGGGGGACUCUCUACCCACCAAGUUCGUGGCUUCCAGGCUGAACAUCAACCCACAGCUUCCCUUCCUCGGAUCUUCCGCCUACAAGUCCAAGCACAUCAAGGCCAUUCACCGCAGGAGACCAGCGUUGAAACAGGCCAGGCUCCAGUCCCUUGAACUGGAUCCUGCUUCCCAGUUCUGCGCUGAUCCUGCAGACUGCGCCAGAGACCUCGACUACUUCAAGGCGAACGCUAUCUGGCAUCAGGCUGCUCACGACAUGAUCGGAUCCACCGGCCCCAUGGGACCCGCGUUCCCUCCCAACAUGGACGGAGUUGCCGGCAAGGUGCAGUACGCCUGGUGCGACCCUGAGUUGAACCCCUCCUGCCGAUAAGCAGUAUCUCCUUCUCCUCAGAAGUAUUUGUAUGGAUACUUUUGCUCUGUUUGAAAUUAAAUCGCUCAG